GGGGGCUAGACAAGUUUCUUCCCCGGUGGGGCGGCUGAACACUCUUCCCAAGUACCUGCUUUGGGUCCAAGUUUCCUACCUAUGUCUCUAGUCUGUAGGGAUUUCUUGAUUUCUAACUCACUAUUUUCACCAGUCCUGGGGAAAAUAUGUAUCGACCUAAGGUUAAAUUCCACCUGGCCCAGGAGCCUCCUUUGGAAACCAGGAAGCCAGGAAUCUCGUCGCAAAGGAAUCCUGGGCCUCAGAGGAGUCGUUGCCUCUGCCUCAUAGCAUACCCCGACACUGUCUCUGUUUUGGGAUGCAGGGUUCUGUUUCUGUCUUUUUGAGAAGUUCCUGGUUUAAUUCACUCUCCCAUGAUAAACUGUUGUGUCUGGGGCCUAUCCCAGUCCCCCCAGUGCCUUUGGUUGCUGGAGGGAAGAACACAAUGGAUCUGGUGCUAAAAAGAUGCCUUCCUCAUUUGGCUGUGAUAGGUGCUUUGCUGGCUGUGGGGGCUACAAAAGUACCCAGAAACCAGGACUGGCUUGGUGUCUCAAAGCAACUCAGAACCAAAGCCUGGAACAGGCAGCUGUAUCCAGAGUGGACAGAAGCCCAGAGACUUGACUGCUGGAGAGGUGGUCAAGUGUCCCUCAAGGUCAGUAAUGAUGGGCCUACACUGAUUGGUGCAAAUGCCUCCUUCUCUAUUGCCUUGAACUUCCCUGGAAGCCAAAAGGUAUUGCCAGAUGGGCAGGUUAUCUGGGUCAACAAUACCAUCAUCAAUGGGAGCCAGGUGUGGGGAGGACAGCCAGUGUAUCCCCAGGAAACUGACGAUGCCUGCAUCUUCCCUGAUGGUGGACCUUGCCCAUCUGGCUCUUGGUCUCAGAAGAGAAGCUUUGUUUAUGUCUGGAAGACCUGGGGCCAAUACUGGCAAGUUCUAGGGGGCCCAGUGUCUGGGCUGAGCAUUGGGACAGGCAGGGCAAUGCUGGGCACACACACCAUGGAAGUGACUGUCUACCAUCGCCGGGGAUCCCGGAGCUAUGUGCCUCUUGCUCAUUCCAGCUCAGCCUUCACCAUUACUGACCAGGUGCCUUUCUCCGUGAGCGUGUCCCAGCUGCGGGCCUUGGAUGGAGGGAACAAGCACUUCCUGAGAAAUCAGCCUCUGACCUUUGCCCUCCAGCUCCAUGACCCCAGUGGCUAUCUGGCUGAAGCUGACCUCUCCUACACCUGGGACUUUGGAGACAGUAGUGGAACCCUGAUCUCUCGGGCACUUGUGGUCACUCAUACUUACCUGGAGCCUGGCCCAGUCAUUGCCCAGGUGGUCCUGCAGGCUGCCAUUCCUCUCACCUCCUGUGGCUCCUCCCCAGUUCCAGGCACCACAGAUGGGCACAGGCCAACUGCAGAGGCCCCUAACACCACAGCUGGCCAAGUGCCUACUACAGAAGUCGUGGGUACUACACCUGGUCAGGCGCCAACUGCAGAGCCCUCUGGAACCACAUCUGUGCAGGUGCCAACCACUGAAGUCAUAAGCACUGCACCUGUGCAGAUGCCAACUGCAGAGAGCACAGGUACGACACCUGAGAAGGUGCCAGUUUCAGAGGUCAUGGGUACCACACUGGCAGAGAUGUCAACUCCAGAGGCUACAGGUAUGACACCUGCAGAGGUAUCAAUUGUGGUGCUUUCUGGAACCACAGCUGCACAGGUAACAACUACAGAGUGGGUGGAGACCACAGCUAGAGAGCUACCUAUCCCUGAGCCUGAAGGUCCAGAUGCCAGCUCAAUCAUGUCUACGGAAAGUAUUACAGGUUCCCUGGGCCCCCUGCUGGAUGGUACAGCCACCUUAAGGCUGGUGAAGAGACAAGUCCCCCUGGAUUGUGUUCUGUAUCGAUAUGGUUCCUUUUCCGUCACCCUGGACAUUGUCCAGGGUAUUGAAAGUGCCGAGAUCCUGCAGGCUGUGCCGUCCAGUGAGGGGGAUGCAUUUGAGCUGACUGUGUCCUGCCAAGGCGGGCUGCCCAAGGAAGCCUGCAUGGAGAUCUCAUCGCCAGGGUGCCAGCCCCCUGCCCAGCGGCUGUGCCAGCCUGUGCUACCCAGCCCAGCCUGCCAGCUGGUUCUGCACCAGAUACUGAAGGGUGGCUCGGGGACAUACUGCCUCAAUGUGUCUCUGGCUGAUGCCAACAGCCUGGCAGUGGUCAGCACCCAGCUUAUCAUGCCUGGUCAAGAAGCAGGCCUUGGGCAGGCUCCGCUGAUCGUGGGCAUCUUGCUGGUGUUGAUGGCUGUGGUCCUUGCAUCUCUGAUAUAUAGGCGCAGACUUAUGAAGCAAGACUUCUCCGUUCCCCAGUUGCCACAUAGCAGCAGUCACUGGCUGCGUCUACCCCGCAUCUUCUGCUCUUGUCCCAUUGGUGAGAACAGCCCCCUCCUCAGUGGGCAGCAGGUCUGAGUACUCUCAUAUGAUGCUUUGAUUUUCCUGGAGUUGACAGAAACACCUAUAUUUCCCCCAGUCUUCCCUGGGAGACUACUAUUAACUGAAAUAAAUACUCAGAGCCUGA